AUGCCCAACGACUUCCAGCUAUUUACGUCCCUUCGGUACGACCCAGGGCUCAUAAGAGUGCCCAAAAGGCGCUUGGCCAAUGCGGGAUGGAACGCCAAAAUGACGUCGCCCUUAUACAUGCUGGACCUCCACCGGGAUCGGAUGUUGCGGGCUGCCACCUACUGGGGUUGGACAUCGGCCAUCGAAGCUAUUUCGGACUCGGCCGGUCUCCAGAGGCUGGCUGAGGUGGUUGAGUCUUUCUUGGCCCAGCACGGGAAGGAGUCGGCUAUGAGAGUCAAGGUGCUGCUGAAUUCGGAAGGGCAUCUCAGCUGCGAAGCGUCAACGGUGCCCGCCGUGCCCUUGGAGAACCUCUUCCCGGAACGACUACCAGCGCCAGGAAGUUCCAAGCAGGCCGGAGAACCGUCCGAGGAGUCUCCUGUGGAGGUGUUAAUUGACACGACGGAGACUCCGCAGUCAGAAUACACGCACUACAAGACAACAAAACGAGCCAUGUACGACACCGCCCGAGACCGCGCCGGCAUCGCUCCAGCAGACCGCAAGGAAGUCCUUCUCGUCAACUCCAAAGACGGCAACAUCAUGGAGGGUAGCUUGACGACCCCGUUCUUCUGGAGAAACGACAGGUGGGUCACUCCGCCGGUGUCUGCCAAAUACAGCCCCGAAAAUGGCAGCGGCGGGCAAGACGGGACAUCCCGCAGAUGGGCACUCGAACGCGGUCUGGCUGUGGAAGAAGAGGUUAAAGCCGACAGCAUUGCGGACGGAGAGCCAUGUUGGGUUAGCAAUGGUGUCCGCGGCUUCACCUUUGGGAGAGUGCGAUUCGAUCCUGCCAAAACAAGUUGA